GUUUCCAACCAAACUGCAACCAGACUUAUACUGUCGCUCUACAGAGACAUCAUGACAGCCACUGCAGCCGUCCUACUGGUCCUCUGUCUCUUGGCCAUCAGUCAUGCCUGGGACUGUCAGGAAGUAGUGAAAAUCAAGAAUCUGAUGCAGAUCGAUGCAGGACUGGGGCAAGUGGUUGCUACGGACACAAGUCAAAUCCCCUACUACCUGGUAGGUGAUGAAUGGAUCCGCCUGCCUGGUUCCCUGAAGCAUAUCACUGUAGGACCAGCAGGGAUCUGGAGUAUCAACAGCGAAACCAAAAUCUCCAAGUAUGUGGCCGGUAACUGGGUGCAUUUUAGAACCGGUACAAAGCAGGUGGAUGCUGGGGGGGACCAGUUUAUUCUGGGAGCCACCAAGGAUGAUAUUCCAUUCUGUCUGAAAAGAAGUUUCACACUUGACUACAUGGGUCGAAGCUUAAGCUAUUCAGGGUCAAGGUUGCCAGGAAGCGGGAAGUACUACAGUUGUGGACCGUUUGGGUGCUGGGCAGUCAACAAGAAUGAUGAUAUCUACAUAAUGAGUAAUGUGAACAGAGACACCUGCCUAAGCAAUGGGUGGAGGCACAUUGACGGCAAGCUUUCCAUGAUUGAGGUGGCAACUGAUGGAAGUGUCUUUGGGGUCAACUCUGCAGGCCAAGUUUAUUCCAGAGACGGCAUCACAGCCAGUAAACCAGAGGGAACUGGAUGGAGCCAUAUCACAAUGUACAUGCCAAUGAAGCACGUGACCUACGACCUGGGCCGUCUUUGGGUCAUCUCCAAGUCUGGCGUCACCAUGGUGUGCACACCUUAGCCUCUCCUCUGCAUCUGAAGGCCGUUCGGGAUCUGUCUAAAGUUCACUUGCUAACUCAUUGAUCUCUCUUUCUGGAACAGCCUCCUCCUUGACAAUUCUCCACAUUAGUUCAUAAGAAUCCUUCAUUCUAAAACCUAUCUCUCUAACUAUAUUUUUCAGUACUUUAUCUCUAUCAAUUAUAAUCACUGAUCUAGAGCUUUGCCAUGGCUACUAUUUGAUCGUAGUGUAAACUUGGGCACGGUUACGAUCCACAUUGUUUUCUGUGGUUCAGAGGUCAUCAAAAGGAUUGAAUGGAAUCCUUGUCAUUAUCUCAUUAUAUAAUAAUUUCCUGCAAAUAAAGCAUUAAUUUUGAAACUCA